AUGGAAAAAACCUGGGGCAGACGUAAGCUGCAGGAUCAGCUGUUGACCUCCUCUGCCCCCUCCCUCUUUCCCCCCUUCUCAAGCUGCUCAGCUCUCCCUCCCUUUGAACUUGUUCUUUCCACCACUAUGGAGGUAGAUUGUCAAUCUAGCAUAGGGAAUGAAAGAAGAGGCUUUUUGGUCAGGGGCCUCUUUGGCAAGGUGACCAAAUUGUGAUGCUGCACUUGGCAGCGUCAAAAGCAUGAGCUGCAGAAGCCUUAAAGCAAGGAUCUCCUCUGAGACAAAUUAUUUAAUAAUAACUGUCUCCCAUUCCAUUUUUUUCCCAUAAUUAUCCCACCAAAAACAUUUUCAUAUACUACCUUUCAUCUUCUCCUAACCCCUUAUGACACCUGAAUUUGCAAUAGUUGUUUGUUAAUUGUAGUACCUACCUGUGGCUCAGUACUAAUUGCAGGGUGCUGAUAUCAUGGUGCUUAAUUUACCACUCAAGGAUGAGACUGGUCUAUUUCAGUUUGCAUGAUGAAGUUGGGAGACAGGUGGAGCCCUCAAGCCGGGUGAUGAGCAGAGGAAGCAGGAAAAGAAACAGACCAACCUCACAGGAGUUGGGGCAGGUGGAUGCACAAGGACAGAAAGCUUAAAGGGAAUUAGAUUGCAGACUUGUGUUUUCAGAGAUGCCACACUACCACUAUAAGAGACCAAGUGAUCUCAGGAAAGCAAGCUUGUUGCUCCCAACUUGAGCUGGGCAGCAUUAACCCUUCUAAAUCAGUAUGUCAAACUAUACAUUAUGAGGUCAGGAGGAGGUGGUCUUCUGAGUAGGGUGCUUUGGAUAAAUGUUACCCUGUUGCCCCUACUUCCAUAAGCAGCUCGCAGAGGGGAGUUUUCAGUACAAAGGUUCACUCUGCACCAGUGCACCCAUUACUUUGAGCUUGUGAACUGCAUUCGUAUUCAAGGAAUACCUUGGGUGUAGAAAUACCCACCCACCCCCAUCUCACCUUCCUCCACCUUCAGUGCUGUCUUGGCAAGUCAGGGACUUUUUCCAAUCCAAAAUGUAUAUAUUUGAAGGAAGGUUAAAGUAAUUUAGGAGCUAGUAAUGGUUUUGGUUUCCCCAGUACCCAAUGCUUUCAUAGACUCGUAGAGUUGGAAAGGCACUGACAGUUAAUCUAGCUCCCUGCAAUGCAAGAAUCUCAACUAAAACAUCCAUGAGAGAUGGCUAUCCAACCUCUGCUUAAAAACCUCCAGUGAAGGAGAGUCCACCACCUUACGAGGAAGUCUGUUCCACUGUCAAACAACUCUUGCUGCUGGAAAGUCCUUCCUGAUGUUUAGUCGGAAUCUCCUUUCUUGUAACCUGAAGCCAUUGGUUUGAGUCCUACUCUCUGGGGCAGGAGAAAACAAGUUUGCUCUAUCUUCCAUGUGACAGGCCUUUAGAUAUUUAAAGGCGGCUAUCAUAAUUCCUCUCAGUCUCCUCUUAUUCAAGCUAAACAUGCCCAAUUCCCUCAACUGUUCCACCUUGCCAAUAUCCUCCUUAAAUUGUGGCGCCCGGAACUGGACACAGUAGUCCAGGUUUCGUUUGGCCAAGGCAGAAUAGGGCAGUACUAUUACUUCUCUGGAAACAGUCAGGGCAUGUAUCCACAGCACUGACCAGAGGAGGAAUGACCACUGAAAGGAGUGCAGAAAGAAGAGACACCAUGGUACACCUGCAUCAGCACAACCAGAUGCCUUUCUCUGCCCCAGCUGCAACAAAACAUGUCUCUCCCGUAUCAGUCACUUCAGUCACAGCAGGCGCUGUAACUCUCCAGCGGUUUGACUUCUCCCCUCAAGGGACACUCUUCCAUUGUCUCCCAAGAUGGACUGAUGCCAGCAGUAUCACGUCCCUUGAUCAGGACACUAUACUUUUCUUGAUUCAGCCUAGCUUUAUCCCUCACAUUAUCCCUCACAUUCCUAAAUUGGUUUUUCCAGGGCUAGAUUUGUAAGGUAGCUACAGAGUAGGAUCCCAGCCAGUUUAACUGCCAAGUUGUGCCUGAAUUACCUUGAUGGUUCUGAAUAUGCUGAUUCUGCUCCUUCCAAAACUCCUUGCUGGUCAAAGUAUACUGGUGCUUGUAAUAAUCUAAAUGUGAAAAGGGAUGGAAUGGCCACAUUCCCUUACGUAGGAAGAUUUAAAGCACAAUUCUACACAUGUCCCAUUUAGCUCCAUGGGGUUUACUCCCAGAUAAACUAUGUAUAGGUCUGCAGAGAUUUUUGGUACCCUGAGCAAAUAUUAUCACUGCUGCAGGAGAUUUGAGGAGAGCAUAUGGCAAAGAUGAAAGAGAUGCUCUUUCAUAUGGUGAUAGUUGUAUAGGUUUGGCUGCAAGUGUGAAUGCUGGCAGAGGAGAAACAAAGUUUAUGGCAUCUGAGAAAUUCAUUAAGCAUACCGACCUCAUAUUGUUUAAUCUGGAUUGGAUUAUAUAUGUUUUUCCUCCCAGAUGUCCCAAGUGCUUUCUUCAUUUUCACAGCCGCACAGAGGUAACAUUCAGAAUUGUCUGCUGUCCAUCAUUUGCUAGUGGCUCUGAUAAAGAAUCCUACCCCAGUUAUCUCUUACACAAAGGAGGAUACUAGAUUGCUGUUGUAGAAGAGAAAGGUGGUAGGGUCUCAAAAUUUCUAAAAGCCUCCAUGACUGGCCUUAAUUGCCUCCCUUUUAAAAGAAUGGAGGCUGCAUCACCCUUUCCUUCUGAUUUUACAGCUCUUAGAGCCAUUGGAUAGGUAAAAUAUUGUUUCAGAAAGUGUGGAUUAGGUAGGUUUGCCUUUAAAUACCAACUGUGUCCAAUUUCUCCUCAACCCCUAAUCCUGGAGGCCAUAUUGUCUUUGAGACUUAGUAGUCUAUGGGUAGAAAGAGUUGUGAGCUACCUUGGAAAUUUGGAGAGUUUUAUUGCAAAUAGGCAUUGCUGAUAUUUGGAAGAACAGGCGUGUGGGAUUGGCCAUGUAGAGAGGGACAGGGUACAAAAUACAUAUCCUGGGCUGAUAUUAGUACCGUCCCCUCUGUCCCUUUUUUGGUGCAUCACCUUUAUGAUUUGAGCAUACAUCUAUAUGAGAAUGUGUAAGUAAGGACCAAUGGUGCCUAUCUAUUCAUAGGGGAUAUGACUUGCUUGUAGGAACUAAUCAUGUAUUCAGUUGUCAUUGGUUCAGGUAUCUUACCAGUGAUAAAUCUGCAUUUUAAUCAUCAUAUAAGUCUCAGGGAGCCUCAUUUACUGAUCCCUCCUCCUUCUUUUCAUUCUCUUUCCUUUCUUUGGCUUAGAAAUAGCAGGUUUCCCUGGGGAAAUUGCUACCUCAAGUGCCUUGGCUCGUCAGAAGCAUGAAGACUGUAACAACAGGUUUCAUGGCAUUGUACAAACUGUUGUUAAGAGGAAAUAUAGAAUGUUUUUACAGUAGCAUGGACAGUGCAGCUGCUUAAACCCUAGACCUGGCACCGCAGUUGUUAAUACUGGAAACAUAAACACUUGCAAGUGAAGCAGAGUUGGGUUGCAUUAGUACUUGAACAUUUAGACCUCCAAGUAAAUGUCAGGUGCUUCCAGAGAAGUGUUAUAGUCACUUAGGAAUCAGCAGCUACUUAUAGCCUAAUGGAUGUCAGCUGUGCUGUUAUUUAAAGUACAUAUAAAAUUAUUGUUCUGCUCUAUUCAAGUGGUACUUUUUAUGAGUACAAGAAGCUUAGAACCCAAUACCCUAGACACACAAGAGUUUAUAAAUAUUCUGCCAUCUUAAAGGAGACCUGCAAUUUCAACUGGAUGUAUUAAUUAAUUAACCUUGUGUGUUAUGAUGCAACUAUUGCAUGAGGCAUUUCGUUCAUUCAACAGGUGAGUUUCAUUGCUGCAUAACAGCAAUGUGUGUGGAAAGAACUGUGAGCUGCAAACCAGUCCAUCAUGGAAGGUACUACAAAAAUCUGAGAUACAGUAUUGUUAUUUUCAUGGAGGCUUUGGGGGGGGGGGGGCGGAGAAUAAAGUAAAGACAUGAAUGUGAACCAAUUAAAUAUUUAGGUUGUGUGUGUGCAUAUGAGAUGGGGGUGUAUUUGCCAUCAGUAAGUCCAUUGGUCUCUCUUAGCCAUGCCAGAUAAUUAUAACCUCCAUAUUCAGAGGAAGUAUACUUCUAGUUGCCAGGUGCUAUGGACAAGCAAUAGAGGGUGGCCAUUGUCCUCUUGCUUUCUGUUUGGGAGCAUUCCAGGGAAAUCUGGUUGGUCAGUUGAGGAGAAGCCUGGAACAGAAGCAGCAUAUCUUCUUAUUGGAUGAGGAGAGCCUUUGCUUUUCAAUGCUGUGCAGCCAUUGCAUUCUGAACAACAGUUGCUGCUGACUUAAAACCUUCCAUGCCUACCUAGUCAAACUAGGGCUAGUAUUCCUGCCAGGUGAGUGUCCCUUUUAUACUGAAGAGUUAGCUUCACAAAACCAAUCAAGGAACAGAUAUUGUAUUAUGUGAUGUAUCUCACCACUGCAGAAGGGUCACAGUGAGUCACUGCAGAAUGUUUGAAGAAAGGGCUGAAUUAAACAGGUGGGGCAUGGGGAAAUGAUUUCAGAUUAUUAGCUUGCCUGGUGCUUAGGAUUCAUUAUUAGUCAAAAGAAAAAGGGGGGCACAUAUGAAAGAUUAUGGAUUUGUAUGGCUGUAUCUCUCUGGCUGUUGUACAAAACUAAUUUCCUGUACUUUUGGCAGUUAUUACUGGCAUUGGGCCAAGUUGGUAAACUUUAUGUGAGGUGUGAAGGAUUGCAACUGCAGUCCCAUGCCAAGUGACCCAUGUUAUAUUAGAGGAUGUGCCUAAAUAUGCAGUGCAAACUGAGUUUAGCCUUGGGUCUUGAUAUAAAGCAACAGGAGUUCAAAUGCACCUUGUAAAAAUGAUUUUACUGAAUCAUUUAAAUGCAAGUAAGAAAAGUUUGCAGCCUGUAGAUGAAAAUGAUACUUGUACAGGGUCAGUGCCCAAAAAGAAACAUGUCUGCAACCUCUCUCUUUGUGGGCUAGCCUAAUAUUGUUCAGGCCUCACAAGGAGACAGGCUGAGGCAGAGAUCCCUUUUCUGCUGGAAGAAGGAAAAUAUUAGAGCCUUGUCACGGAGCAGUCUUUUGCCUCCACCAGGUGCUUUUCUCUGCUGAGACCAGGCGCCAAGCAGUUGGACGCUUCUUCCCCUUGUAGCCUUACGCAAAGCUUGCUACAUUUCUCUCAGAUCUAUAGAGGCAGCUUUAGCCACCAGCCGGCAUGCCAACGGGAGGACUGGCAUUCUUUGCGUGAGAGCUGCCAGUUUUUGGAGCGCUGUCUUCUUCACGUCCCAAUGUUUUUCAUUUGCCCUGAUUGGCCUUGGAUGA